AUGGACACACAUCAUAGGUCUUUGAAGUGGUUUGCAGGCCAGUCAAACAAACUAAAGGUACCGAAUUGUCAAAAUAGAUAUAAGUAUGUCAAAGUCAAUUCAUCAUUGUUUUGGCGCCCGUUAUCCAGCCCUCUUAAGUGGGAUAAAUACACAUGUUCUAGCUUAACUAGUGCACAUGUAUUUAAACACAGUCCCUCUAGUAUUUAUUCUAGAUUUAACGGGAGUCAGACAUACAACACAAAGUUUGGCAGAAAUAGAUCCUACAAUUAUAUUAGAAAAAGCGAUCACGGGAACGGUAAUCAACAAUUUUUGACCCCCGUCCCGGACUUCUCACAGCAUCAGGAUAAAGUAUUUAGUAGCGAAAUUUCUAGUGGUGUGAUAAGUCGGGUUCAGGAAAAUAAUGUUCGUUUACCACCUAGCAGUAGCAAUGUAUUGCAUACUAAAACUAGUCGGUUUAGGUAUGUCAAGCCUGGUAGUUCAGCUAGUUCGAGGCUUGCAUCUAAAAAUAACUUACAGCUUGUCACGAAGUUUUCCAUUAAGAAAAUAAACCGGCUCAAUAUAUCUCGUCCAUCUGCAUAUCAGUACAAGAGAAUUGUCCAGAAGGCUGUGCACAGUUUGAAGUUCCGUCGCCGUAUGGUUUGUCAAAGUUACUGCAGGACUGGAUUUUGCUCCGCGCAGCAGUGCUCUUACUCUCAUGAUGAAAAUUAUCUACGUAUCUGCCCAAGGUUUUUACAACAAAGCUGUUCUCUGGGAAGCGAGUCUUGUCCACUUGCUCAUGUGUUAGAUCCGUGUAGACUGCCACAAUGUACUUACUAUGAAUCCGGAAAGUGCGAACGCCUUCACUGUCCUUAUUUGCACGUGAGGCACCCUCCGAAGACAGCUGUAUGUCCGGAUUUCUCUCGUGGUCGUUGCCCGCUCGGUCGCUUGUGUAUUAAGCGCCAUAUAUGGGUGCAAAAGUCAUUUUCGAACAAGUCUGGUCAUCAGAAAUUAUCCAAAUUAACAACUGUUUCUAAAAACGCCUGUAGAAAUUUAAUUACCAAACUACAAGAUACUUGUGAUCAUAAUGAUUUCGGUCCUGUUGCUGCCCCAGCUGGUUCACUACGUAACGUAUAUCCUCCUCCGGAAUUCAUUCCUCUGA